CGACCAGGCUACAGAAUAACGUCCAUGUUUCGCUCCAGAUCAUCCCCUCCUCCCAGGGGAAGGAAAUGGCUGCAAUGGAGCUGGCUCAGGGGCCGGUGACUUUCGAGGAGGUGGCUGUGUAUUUCACCAGGGAAGAGUGGGCUCUGCUGGACCCCGCUCAGAGAGCCCUCUACAGGGAUGUCAUGCAGGAGAGCUACGAGAUGGUGGUCUUGCUGGUAGGGUUUCCAGUUUCCAAACCUGAUGUGAUCUCGCAGCUGGAACGAGGGGAAGAGCCGUGGGUCCCAGACCUCCAGGGCUCUGAGAAAGAAGUGCUCCCGAGAGCUGCCUGCACAGGGAGUGACCUAUGUCUGGAUUCUCUCUGUCUCCCAUCAGGUGAUGGGAUGGUGAGUGAGAAUGAGGAGGAGAAACCCCAGCAGGAAGACGCUGAGCAAGUAGAACCACAUGGAACGUUAUCAGGAAGAUCCAAAGGGAAUGUUUCCAGGCGUUGUGUACUCCCAGAAAAAGCAAAAGUCUGUGAGACUCAGCAGAGGCCAGAGAAAAACUUCAGUAGCCACUCAGACCUUAUAACCCGCGACAGAAUCCACUUGGAAGAGACACGCUACACAUGCCAUGAGUGUGGGAAAAGCUUUAGUCAGAGCUCUGCCCUGAUCACACAUUGGAGAAUCCACACGGGAGAGACACCGUAUACAUGCUCUGAGUGCGGGAAAAGCUUCAAUCAGAGCUCACACCUUAUCACACACAGGAGAAUUCACACGGGAGAGACGCCCUACGGAUGUUCGGAGUGCGGGAAAAGCUUCAGUCAGAGCUCUGCCCUGAUCACACAUCAGAGAAUCCACACCGGGGAGACUCCCUACACGUGCUCCGAGUGCGGGAAAAGCUUCAAUCGUAGCUCAGCCCUUAUCAGACAUCAGAGAAUCCAUACGGGAGAAACGCCCUACACCUGCCCUGAGUGCGGGAAAAGCUUUGGUCAUAGCUCCGCCCUGAUCACACAUCAGAGAACCCACACUGGAGAGACGCCCUACGUGUGCGCCGAGUGCGGGAAAAGCUUCAGUCAGAGUGCUAACCUUAUUAGGCAUCGGCGAAUCCACACAGGAGAGACUCCCUACACGUGCCCGGAGUGCGGGAAACGCUUCAAUCAGCGCUCAGCCCUUACCACGCAUCAGAGAAUCCACACUGGAGAGACCCCCUACAUGUGCCCUGAGUGUGGGAAACGCUUCAGUUAUAGCUCAGCCCUCAUCACGCAUCAGAGAAUCCACACAGGGGAGACACCCUACACGUGCCCCGAGUGCGGGAAAAGCUUCAAUCGGAGCUCAAACCUUAUCACACAUCAGAGAAUCCACACUGGCAUGUCCUCCUACAGAUGUUCUGAGUGCGGGAAAAGCUUCAGCCACAGCUCAGCCCUUAUUCGACACCGGAGAAUCCACACGGGGGAGACGCCCUACACAUGCUCCGAGUGCGGGAAAAGCUUCAAUCAGAGCUCAAACCUUAUCACACAUUGGCGAAUCCACACUGGAGAGACACCUUAUAUGUGCUCAGAGUGCGGGAAAAGCUUCAGUCACAGCUCAGCCCUGGUCACACAUCAGCGAAUCCACACGGGAGAGACACCCUACACAUGCUCUGAGUGCGGGAAAAGCUUCAGUCAGGGCUCAGCGCUUACUAGACAUCAGAAAAGCCACCUGACACAAAACUAUAAUAAAUCCCUUCACUAGGACUAGCCAAAGACUUUUUUUUUUAAAAUCACAUUUGCUAAUUCCUACAUAGUACA